AGCAAUUUCCUCUUUUAGCCUUUAGCUUCCGGUCUCUCUUGCUCUCUUUCUCUCUUCUUUACCUUAACUCUUCUUCUUCUCUUCCUCUUGCUCUCUCCUCUUCCUCUGUGCUGGCGGCGGCACUCCAUUUUCAUCCGUUUCUUCCUCUGAUUCGAUUGGUUCUUGCCCCAUUUCUGUUUCGUUGUAGCUUGAUCUGUAUUCGUAUCGAUCUAGGUGUUGUUGGGUUUCUUUAGAAAAGUACCGCCAUGAUAGCGGCCAGGCAGCAGCAGCAAGACAAAACGACAGCGAUGGCGCCGUCUGCAGAGGAAGAGGCCUUGAAAAGGAAUACGGAUUGCGUUUACUUUCUUGCUUCUCCUUUAACCUGUAAAAAGGGAAGUGAAUGUGAGUAUCGCCAUAGUGAAUAUGCCCGGGUAAACCCAAGAGAUUGUUACUACUGGUUGAAUGGGAAUUGCUUGAAUCCUAAGUGUGGAUUUCGUCAUCCACCCCUUGAUGGCUUGUUUGGAAGCCAAGCAUCAGAUUCUGGUGCAGCUUCUUUACCUCCAUCACUUAUGGCAGUGGCACCUGCCAUGAACUCACAACAAAGUUCAGCUAAACAAGCAGUCCCAUGCUUUUUCUUCCAGAAGGGGCUCUGCAUAAAAGGCGAUAGAUGUGCUUUCUUACAUGGACCAAAUCCUACUAGUAACAAAGUUUCACAGCCAACGGUACCCUCUAUUAAUGAACUCUCACCUCAAAAGAAGGCUUCUGUUGGCUCUCAAAGGUUGACUCAGGACCAUAAGAUUUCACUGGCAAAUUUCUCAAAGGUAGCUGGAGCAGCUGCUGAAGCUAAACCUGUUCCUAAACCAGAAAUUGGUUCGCUAAUAAAUGCAGCUGGAGUUGAAAGGAAUCUUCCACCAUCUAAAAGCAUGGAUGCUGAGCUUUCAAAAUACAAGGCAACAAAUCUUCCUCCUGUUAAUGGAAACUUGAGUCGUUUCAAUCGCUUGCAUCAGUCACAAGAUGAUCAUGUUCUCCAGAAUGGUAAGGAUGGUGAUGAGAUUUUGAGGGAGUCCUCUCCUGGUUUUGAUGUUCUUGUAGAUGAUGAGUUGAGAAAUUCUGAUUAUUACCAUAGUGAAGAUCAGUAUGGAAGGGCAAGAGGUCAUGAAGGAAGGAGCAUGAACCCUGUAGAUGAAUAUGAUAUGGGUCAUACUGCUGAUUACAGUUCAGUUGCUGAAUUUGACCGAGAAACAUAUAGUAGUCUACGGGACUAUGAUACCUAUGAUCACAUGCAAGGGCAAUAUGCUUGGGAACAACAUAGGCCUUCAUCGGAAACAGUGCUAGAGCGGCCAGCUCAUUUGGAACAGAGAGCUUACUCAAAACCAGAUAGCCCUGAACCCAUUGAUGGGUCAGAUCUGCGCUAUCGCUUGUCAAAACAGAGGAGAGUUCAUGGCUUGAGAUCAGUUGUCAGUCAUGAUUUUGUGCCUGAAAAUCAAGUUGAGGAGAGAGGUUAUAGGGGUUCUUCACGAAGAGAUGCACAUAAUUUACCCUCGCAUGAAAGCUCUAUGAGUAGUCUUCUUCGUGGAAGGAUAAAGCUUCCAGAACAAUCUCCCAAUGGCAGUAAUUUACAUGCAGAAAGGGAAAUAGGCAGGGGUAGGAACUGGGACAGAUUGUCACCUGGGAGGUCCGAGAUCCAAUCUCAACAAGGGAGACUUCGGGACAGAAUAAAAGCUCGGGUGGAAGAGCACUACAAUAUUGAAGGGAGAAAUCUUAGAGGUACUCGAAUGAGAAGGGAAAUGGCAAAUGAGGGAGGUAUUGAUUUUGCUGGUCCUAAAAGUCUUGCAGAGCUGAAAGGUGCAAAAACUACAGAGAGUAGGGUGCAGCAAUCGCUUGGAAAGCGAAAACAAUUGGGAGAUUAUCAACCAUCUGAAGGUGAUCUUUCAUUUGAAGGCCCAAUGCCUCUUAGUGAGAUUCUAAAGAGAAAAAGGGAGGCUGAAUCAGCAGCUACUGGCAGUGGAAUCACUUCUGUCAGUAAGAACGAAAAUGAUCAGAAAGAAUGCAAGGAAAGCUUGCUUGGCGAAUCCAACAAUGCAGUAGUUGCAGAGACACAAGGUGAUCUUUCAUCCAUGAAGGAUGAAGCCAGCAAGCAAGUGCAUAAAGAUGAAGGAUCCACUUAUGCAGCAGCUGGUGUUGGGACAGUGGGAGAAUCAGUUGGUCAAUAUUCUUCUCAACAACCAAAGCCAAGUGAGACCGGGAUGAUUGUGGAUGAUGGCAUGGAAGAUCAUGAGUAUGAAGCUGAUGAUCAAAGGGAAGGGGACUAUGAAUAUGAGCAAGUUGAUGAAGGAGAGUAUUAUGAAGAGGGCGAAAAUGCGGACGCAGAAGAGGAAUACGAAGACGAUGAAGAUGGAGAUGACUUUGCUAAGAAAAUUGGUGUGAUGUUAUCAUGAGGGGAAUUGAGAAGUUUGAUGCUUUUGGCUAUUAUUGUGGCUUGUUGACUACCUUGGGAACUAAUUGUGGUUUUGAUCGACACAGGGUGUAGUUGCCAUGGAAUUUCUUUGUAGAAGUAGGGCAAGUUCUUAUCCAGUAUUAAUUUAAAUGUUUUGUUUUUUUCUUUUUUCAAUUAUUGUAUCUAAAACUGAUUGAAUGGAGAAUUUAUUGUGCUUGGAGCGAAGCUUUAGCCUUGGGCCGAUCAGUUCUGCUCGCACGAAAAGGCACGAAUGUAACCGUAGAAAUUUAAUAAGAAACCUGCUGCUUACAUUGUCUUGCA